UCAUCAGUCUGUCCAUGCAGUGCAUCAUCAUCAUCGUCACGGCGGCACUGUUCGCAGAUCGCCAGUCAGUCGGUGUGCAAGUAGCACCAGCACUGCUUCACUGAAGUCUAGCCACAGGUUGGUUGGGAGUUGCAUGUGGCCUAGAAAAGUGUAGUUGGAUCGACUCCUUCAUUUCACGUCUUGACUUCAGUUCAGGGAGUCGUAUGACUCCCUGCUUCAGUUCAGUCGAGACAGCUUCGACAGAAGCAGUGCUUGGCUGUAGCCUGGAGUGAGUGCAGCUGGAGAGUCCAAGUAGUAUUUUAUGCUCAUGUCUCCGAUGGAUUUGUCGAAUCCUGUCAGCUCUGAGCCUUCUGUUGCUACCAUGAGGAAGACUGAAGGCGAGACAACUGCCGAGCCAGUGAUCUGCACGGCAUUGUAUGAUUAUAAUGCUGUUGAGAAAGACGAACUGUCGUUCUCUGCUGGUGACGAAAUUGUCGUUUUAUCUCCUGAGGAGGCGAAUUUGGAUGAUCCAGGAUGGCGCCUUGGACGUCGUGUUGGCGAUCCUGACAAGAAAGUUGGCAUGUUCCCAGCAAAUUUUGUAACUGUUGGUACGGUACGAGAUGCUGUGGAAAGGCAAUUGUCAAAACCGAUCAUCAUCAAAGUGGAAGAGGUGACUUUCAAUGAUGUUAUUGGUGCAGGUGGUUUCGGGAAAGUAUACAGAGCCUUGUGGAGAGGGGAGGAGGUGGCUGUGAAGUCUGCACGCUUCGAAGGGCCACUGGAUGAUGAUGAAGAAAAUGGGCCUGAAAAAGAAGUUUUACGUGAGGCCAGAUUGUUCUCAUUGCUUCGACAUCCCAAUAUCGUGGAAUUGUUUGGUGUCUGCCUGGAGGCUCCUAACUUCUGUUUGGUUAUGGAGUUGUGUCGUGGUGGUGCCUUGUCUCGAUUGCUGGAGAAGACAAAGCUUCCGGCGAAUGUGGUUAUCGACUGGGCUCAGCAAAUAGCUCAGGGAAUGUUAUAUCUUCAUAACGAUCUGGGAACGGCAAUAAUUCAUCGAGAUCUCAAGUCAAGUAAUGUACUGCUCACCAAUGAGGUGCACACACACGAUGUUUGCACAAUGUCCGGAAACACUCUCAAGAUCAGUGAUUUUGGACUGGCGAGGCAAAGCAAUCGCACUACCCACAUGAGUGUUGCCGGCACGUAUGCCUGGAUGUCGCCCGAGGUGAUCAAGAAAUCAACCUUCUCCAAAGCCAGUGACGUCUGGAGUUUUGGCGUUGUCUUGUGGGAGUUACUAACUGGAGAGGUACCCUAUCGGGGAAUGGAUGGGAUGGCGGUGUUCUACGGCGUGGCGACGGGUCAGCAUCGGUUACCAAUUCCCUCAACGUGUCCCGAACCCCUCAAAGAUUUGAUGGAAGCUUGCUGGGCUAUGGAUCCGAAGCAGCGGCCCCUCUUUGAGGAUAUUGUAAUGGAGCUUAAUUCCAUUGCUGAUUCAGCAUUUGCCACAACCGACAAUGACAGCUUCCUAGAAAUGCAGAAAGUCUGGCAGGAGGAGAUUCAGGCUCUGUUCCGCGACCUCAGCGAAAAGGAGCAGGAACUCCGAACGCGAGAAGAUGCACUCCAGGAAGAGGCAGUUGUCCAUGAGCUGCAGAAGGCGGAUUUGAAGCGACGAGAGGAAGAACUUGCCAAGCGGGAAUUUGAUUUGCUACAGAGAGAAAUCACCAUGAUCACAUCAACAGUGGUCAAGAAUCAGGAGAAGCAUGCCCCUCCAGCACCCAAUAAGCGGAAAAGCAAGAAUGGACUGCGUGGCUUCAUCAGCAAACUUGGUGGCCGGUCGGAUAGCCAGCCGCAAAUCAGUAAACCAUCAGCUUUUCAGCACACGAUGAGUGUGCAGCGGUCUCCGUCACCAGAUCGUCGCGACAUCAGCUUAUCGAGCUCUAGACAGUCCUCUACAUCACGUUCUCCGCCUGGCUCUCCAGACAACCACCAGACCCCUGCCAUCCGUGCCAUCACAAUAUCAAACUCCCUCUUACGAUCUGCCAAGUCCGAGAUGGUUCUUGAUCCAGCUGGAGCUGUCGAUGCGGCUGUAGAUGAGCACCUGAAGUCGUUUACAAUGGACAGCAGCAAUGAUCCAACGAUGCGCUUCAAGAGCCAGACUUUGCCGCGUAACACCAAAUACUAUUGUGACUCGGACUCGAAUAGCUCUCAACGUACCCUGGUAAAUCAGAACAGUGGUGGUGGUGGUGUAUCGGGCUCGGCCAGUACCACAGCCUUGGUGACGACUAACAUAGAGGUGGAGGAAAUCAGAGCAAGCUCAGGGACGCCAUCAGCCGGUGUCAAGAUCAAGCGAGGAGCACUGGGCAGCUUAGCGAAACUCCGAUCGGCCAGUCCUGCGAGUCGAACACAUGUCCGCGAUAUCUUCUCGGCACCGAAGAAGGAGGAGAAGGAGCGUGAACGGGAGCGAAGAGAUUCUCCAACUCCGAAACUGUCCCGAACUAUUGUCCUGGAUCCAGUGUCCUGUAGUUCAACGCCAAAUGAUUAUUUAUCGCCUGCGACGGACAGUGGUGAAGAUGAAGGGAAGCUGCACAAAUCUAGACACUCACUGCCACAUCUAUUCUCUGAUUCUUCCUCCCCCACCGUGAAGCGAAGUGGUGGAUUCCGCAAUCCGGCGGCGAUAGUGGGCAUGUCGCCUGUUCAAGCCGGUCAUAACGGCGAGUCUGCUGUGUCUCCCAGUACUCCGGGUAGCUGCAGUCCAUCACCGUCCAUUAGCCCCGCUCCGACUCCGUCAGCCAUUGACAAUCGCUCGUUACGACCGCAGCGUCACAGUACCGGCAUGAUGUCGAUCAACAGCAAUGCAUCUGGUGGAUCUCCGAACACUCCUCCUUCGCUCUCGACACCAUCAAGCCACACGUCACCGCUCGCUGGUACUUCUCCGUCGCCAUGUCCGAGCCCAACAGUACUCGAUGCUUCUGGCAAGCCACAACGCUCGUCCAUAGCAAGACCUCGUCCACGUGCCAUUUCCACUGGCAAUCUUCGAGGAGGCGCGUCCAGCAUACCACCUCCGGCCAACAGAUUACACGCGGCCAGCACAGCAGGUGCAGUGCAGGUGACCCCUGCCCACUCGCCGGCUAUGCAACCUUUCCAGGCGCCGCAGUUCACGCCCUCGCAUUUGACACCAACGCCGCCGAUACUACACCAGCCGUCGCCGCAGCCGCAACAGCAGCAGCAGCAGGCGCAGCAGACGCCGACGUCUUCGCCGCCACCGUUGUACUCACCCAGUAUGGUAUCACCUCCGCAUUCAACAACAACGUCAGCCACUGCUCUGCAGCGUCCAUUGUCGGCUGGUCGACAACGGCAGAUUUUAGAAGUGAACCUGAUGGACAUGCCUGCCGAUGAUGUUGACCCUCAUGUUGCGUUAAAGCCACUGUCUGAUCCAGUUCAGAAGGCGCCGCCAGCCUAUCCGUCAUAUCGUCAAUUGGAGAAGGAAUUCCUAGGCUGACAUAGUCUGCCUGGUGGAAUUCCAUGCCAAUGGAUGUGUGUGUGUGUAUGUUGGAGUGGUAGGCCGAAGCUACUGCGGCUGGUGCUGCCACUGUUUGCGUUCUCUGCAGUAGUUUGUCAGAAACACUGUUGGGCUACUAUCACUUACCUAUUCACCCACUCAACUGAUGUUUCUCUCUAUCCCCAGCCAUAACCACCAUGAAACAGCUGUCAGAAAAUUUUUCGCUCCAAAAUCAACCGACGCAUAUUUUAGAUGACCUGUUGUUUGUUAUUAGGCCGUGUCCCCGUCGUUGUCCGCUACUGAUUGUGAUAUCGUCGAUUGUUGCUUCACCCAUUGCGUAUGUUAUUCCAACGGAUAGAGAUAGAGAUUUAGAUGUGAUGCGUGUGCUGUCACGUACUGUCGUUCUUUCUAUUCCGUUAUCAAUUUUCGUCUUGCUGCCAGAACAAUGCUCCGCUUUGUCUAAGUGUUCAGGUGUCUCGGUUUGGUUUUAUGUGCUCUCUCUCUCUCUCUCUCUCUCUCUCUCUCUCUCUCUCUCUCUCUCUCUCUCUCUCUCUCUCUCUCUCUCUCUCUCUCUCUCUCUCUCUCUCUCUCUCUCUCUGUCUCUCUCUCUCUGUCUGUCUGUCUGUCUGUCUGUCUCUGCCUUCUUUGUUUCUGUUUGUUUGAGUGUCCGAGCUACGCUUCUUUUCGCUUACACCCUGUCAGAACCUAUUGCACCCAGCUAAACGUUUAUUAUUUUCGGUUGUCGUUCCUUCCCAUUCAGUGACUGACACUAGUACUACUGUUGAAAGGACUACUACAUCAGGCUAUUUUGACCUAUGUCUGGCUCGGAUAUUCCACUUCACCCAUUGACUUUGUUCACUCGGUGAAUCAUAAGGUCCAGUUGAUGUUGUUUUGCGUCAAGAUUUUUCGUCAUCAUUUCUUUCAUUCCUAUUUUCAUUGUUUUCUUGACCGAGGAUGCUUGGAGUGCUGUGCACUCUCUCUUUUUGCCGUGCAAAUUGCCAAAGGAAGUAGUUUUUAUCUGCCUGACCUA